AUGGCUUUGCGAAGAGGAGUCAAGCAAUCUCGUGAAUGUGUGGAGCAACACUGGCUCAGCUUCUUUGAGGAUCCUGAGCUAUGGUGGGACAAUAGAUCUAAAAAUUGGGGCAACUAUCCGGACUUCAAGCAUUCGUCCACUGGAGUAGGACUGUGGAUUGGUUCUUGCCCUGCUUGGCUGCAACCCAAGAUUAAAUGCCUAGAAGAUGCUACAAAUGGAGGUACUCGCAGAGCACACUACAAGAAAGAUGAUUAUAGCAUCGGGAAGAACUCGCAUUCUCCGCUCACACAAGCUACCACCACGAGACAGCCAUUGACAUGCUUGGCGUUCCCAGAGAAGCUGCUGGCGGACUUGAAAUCCUGCAACGAUUUGGAGGGCGGGAGGGAGCUCGAGAAGUCUGCCGCUUCCCAGGGCCAGGACGCGAGCGUCUACGUCGCGGCAGCACUGGUCAGCAUGUACGCAAGGUGCGGCAGCCUGAUAGAUGCGAGAAGAGUUUUCGAGGCCAUGGAAACUCGGGAUACCAGGACGUGGAACGCUUUGCUGCUCGGGUACGUCAACAAUGGGAUGGGGGUUGCUGCGCUCGAGCUGUUCGAGCGCAUGGUUUCGGAUGGGUGUGCUCCGGAUUCCAGGACUUUUGUAGCAGCAGCGAAGGCUUGCGGGAUCUCUGCGGCAGCGGAGUUGGCAGAGCAGCAGCAGCAGCAAGGAUCCAAGGCUGCUAUCAAAGCGAAAAAGAGUCUGGAAACCGGUGUGGCGAUCCACGCUCAGGCAAGAACGAAGGGGUUCGAUACAGACAUAUAUGUGGCGAACACGCUCGUUGGGAUGUACGCGAAGUGUGGGGACAUGGCCGCUGCUCGCGAUGUGUUCGGCAGCAUCCAGCAGCCCAGCGUGGUCUCGUGGAACGCUUUGCUGCUGGGAUGUGUGGAGAAUGGAGAGGCCGAGCUCGCCUUGCAGCUCUAUGAAGAGAUGGUGAUCGGCGCGGAAGGAGGAACAGCUCCUCCACUUUCCGCGGAGACGUAUGUCGCAGCUUUGAAGGCUUGUGUGGCUCUAGGCGCGGAAGAGCGGUGUCUCAAAUUUGGGAGAAGCAUUCACUCGCUAGCGCUUGCCAGCGGCUGCAUGUCGAAUCUCUACGUGAAGAGCACCAUGAUCGACAUGUAUGCCAGGUGUGGAAGCCUCGAGGACGCCAAGAAGGUUUUCGACUCCUCGCCGCAGCAAAACGCAGUCACCUGGAAUGCCUUGCUGUUUGGAUACGUCGAGAAUGGACGCGCACAGGCUGCUCUGGAACUCUUUGCGCGGAUGAAAUCGUCCACCAAAGAUGGCGCUCGCUGUGCUCCCACUUCUCGGACUUAUCUCGCAGCGGUGAUGGCCUGCGCUGCUCUGGCUGCUCAAGAAGAAGCCACCGAGGUGGAGAUUGGGCGGUUUGUGAGGCUUCAAACGCUGGAGAGAGGACGAGCUCUCCACCGCGAGGCCGUGAAGGUGGUGGGAGCGGACCUUGAUUCAAGCGUCCUCUUCUCGAGCGCGCUGGUUGAUAUGUAUGCGAAGUGUGGCUCCAUGGUGGACGCCAGGCGGGUUUUCGAUAGCGUGGCUCCGGCUAAGCGGGACGUUGUGCUCUGGACUGGCUUGAUAUGGGGAUACGUCAAUAGCGGGGAGAGCGAGCGAGCUUUGGAGCUUUACUCGCGCAUGGCUGGCGAUCAAGGCUCUCAUGCUGGCAUAAGCCCAAGUCCUCAAACUUAUGGUGCUCUUCUCAAGGCCUGUGGCUCCGUCAACGCGCUGGAAGCUGGGGAGCAAAUCCAUGCCCAAAUCGUGGGGCUCCUGGACAAGGAUCCAAUCCUGGUGACGUGUUUGAUCGACUUCUACGGCAAAACAGGGAGAAUGGCUGCUGCUCGCAAGGUGUUUGAUCAGUGGAUCUCCGUGACCAAGCAUGAUAUCGCGGCCUGGAACGCGGUGAUAGCGGGAUAUAGCCUCCAAGGUGAUGCAUUGGCGGUGUUUGAGAUGCUGGAGAGAAUGGAGGAGGAAGAUGGCCUGGAGCCAAACGGGGUGACCUUCGUGUCGGUUUUGAGCGCUUGCAGCCAUGCCGGUCUGGUCGAGGAGGCGAGGAAGUAUUUUGCAGCGAUGAGCAACAAGCAUGGAAUUUCUCCAGGGAGAGAGCACUACGUGUGCAUGGUGGAUCUGCUGGGCCGCGCAAACCGGUUUGGUGAGGCGGUAAACGUGAUCGAAUCCAUGCCCAUGAAGCCGGAUGCGAUCAUCUGGAAGACGCUGCUCGGGGCGUGUCGAAAGUGGAAGAAUGUGGCCGUGGGAGAGGUGGCUUUCGAGUCGCUGGUGGGGCUCGACGCGAGCAGCGCUGCGGCGUAUGUUCUCAUGGCCAACAUAUACUCGAGCACAGGCAAGCUCGACGAGAGGAGCAAAGUUCUUGCUAGAAGGAAUGUGGCCAAGGCUUGGAGGAAGCCGGGCAAAAGCUGGUGGACCGAUUCCAGUGCCCGGGUCCAUAGCUUUUUGGUCGGGAACACCACUCACGAGCAGAUUGGAGAGAUCCGUGCCAAGCUCGAGGAAUUGGUGGCAAGGAUGAAGGAGAAUGGAUAUGCUGCUGACGUUGAGAGUGUGCUCAAGGAUGUGAGCGAUGGCGAGAAGGAGGACGCGCUUUGCCAGCACAGCGAGAAGCUUGCAGUCGCUUGUGCGUUGAUCAAUUCCAAGCCAGGAAGCGUGGUCAGGAUUGCAAAGAACUUGAGAGUGUGCCAGGAUUGUCACAAAGCCACCGCAAUCAUCUCCAAGCUGGAGGAGAGGGAGAUCGUGUGUAGAGAUGCGAGCAGGCUCCAUAUUUUUAAAGAUGGACAAUGCUCAUGUGCUCUGAACCACAAGAGCAGUCUGAAAUCCCCUGAACACCAAAUCGCAAUUGGGGAUUCUGUCUCCAACUUUUAUAAUGAUGUGGCCGUAAUGGAAGCGGAAGGAUUCUUGCUGAGGAGAACCGAAUAUAACCGCCCGUGA